AUGUCGGCGGGCGGGCGGGCGAUGUUUGUGGGCGACGAGCGCAAUGUGAGGCUCACAGGUGAGAAGGACGGCAAGGUGAGCGGGUAUGAUCUAGAGCUGUGGCACUUGGUUGUGCAGCGGAUGCAGCAAGUGCGUGGGGUUGAUGUACAGAUGCGCGUGGUAUCGGUUGACGAGGCGCACGAGGCGGUCAGGGCUGAUCCGCUGGCAGUGGCGCUCGGCGGGAUGGCAAUCACUCUUGACGGAAACACAGCGGGCGAGUUUACGUACUCGUACUUUCACACAGGGCUCGACGCGGCGAUUUCGGUGCCGGAGCCGACAACAGAUCCGCUGCUGUUCUUUUCGCCGUUUACAGUAACGGUGUGGAUCACUGGAGUGGUGGCGCUCUACCUCUCGGGCCACAUCAUCUGGGCGCUGGAGCAUCCGUACCAGCCCGAGCUCUUCCCACUCUCGUACCUCCGUGGUGUCAACGAGGGCGUGUGGUACUGCUGGGGCGUGCUCUCCGAGACUGGCGAGAACGAUCUGGUGGGCUUUCCGGCGCGGCUGUACUCGAUCGGAUGGACGACGUUUACGGUGACGCUGGUGGCGGCGUACACAGCGCAGCUGACGACCAUUCUCAACUCGGCGAAUCUGCGGUCGGACGUGGCGGGCCUCCGCGAUCUGGGCGGCUCGUCGAUGGCGGUGGUGCUUGGCUCUGACGGCGAGCGGUUUGUGCGCGACCACCUGCCGUCUGUGGCCAUGUACGGAUAUGCCAACGUGACCGACGCGUUCGGGGCGCUCGAGCGCGGCGCUGUUUCGGCGUGCAUGGCCGACGCGACGACGCUGGAGUAUCUGGCAGACAGCUCGACGGCCUCGAUCCGGCUGCUCGGCUCGCUCCUCUCCUCGGCCGACUACGCCAUGCUGCUGGCCAACAGCUCGCCAUACCUUGACCGGAUCAAUAGCAUUGUGCUUGAUCUAACGCGCGAAGGCCUCCUCCGCGAGCUCAACGUCAAGUACUUUGGAAAGGCCUUUAUCUCGUCGAUUGGCGCCAAGGAGCUCGACUCGCCGGCACUCACUCUUGCCGCUAUCUCGGGUGUCUACUUUGUGGUCGCCCUCGGCUUGGCCCUCGCCAUCAUCUGCUGGGUCUUCAUCAAGUGCUGUUUCUGCUGCUGA